ACACUUGGCGUCGUAUUUACAUACGAUCUGGAGUGUUUAUCCCCAUAUCUAAUUAUCAUAACAAUGAAGAAGAGAAUACUUUCGGAUCCAAGGAGCACAGCUAGCGGCGUAUGCCGAGGAUAGCCGAUGUUAUCCGAAGUCCCGCGUACUGGCUGGUCAACUUGGCUGCUCUGUUUGCGACUUCUGACGACUUUUUAUUGACUGGGAAACGUUUGACCAACGUUUCAAACCAUGAUUCGGUAGGAUUCAUUGAUUUCUACGAGAAGGAGAGAUAAUAUGGAGUGGUGCUUCGUCGAUUACAGCCGUUCAAGGAGAGACCAUCACAAUGGCAUGGAUGGUUAAUUUAACUUCUAUUGAUAGCAGUAAAAUCUGGACUUACGCAAAAAUUAUCCAAGUUCAAGAAGGAAGGACUACAGAGUUAAUGUCACUGCAGAAAUCUGGGAUURAAAUCAUUGAAGAUCAAAGAUAUCAGAGACGUGAAUCAGACUUGAAUUUGAAUAUUCCGCAAACUGGUGCAACUGUUACUAUAAAGUUUACCAUGAAACAUUUGGUCAGAUUGACGGAUGAGAAACACUACAAAGCCAUGUUGGGGUUUUCGUCCGAUUCUUCGACAUUUUCGGGCGCAACAUCUCUUCUAAUACUAGACAAAGUCAAAAGUUGCAAGUGGACAAAGCAAGAGUCUUCGAAUCUUUAAAAGGUAGAUUACCCACAUGAAAUGAUGAGUGGAUGGAUGAAUGGAUGGAUGGAUGGAAGGAGAGAAAAUAUGGAAUGGUUCUUCGUCAAUUACAGCCGUUCAAGGAGAGACCAUCACAAUGGCAUGGAUGGUUAAUUUAACUUCUAUUGAUAGCAAUAAAAUCUGGACUUACGCAAAAAUUAUCCAAGUUCAAGAAGGAAGGACUACAGAGUUGAUGUCACUGCAGAAAUCUGGGAUUAAAAUCAUUGAAGAUCAAAGAUAUCAGAGCCGUGAAUCCGACUUGAAUUUGAAUACUUCACAAACUGGUGCAACUGUUACUAUAAAGUUUACCAUGAAACAUUUGGUCAGAUUGACGGAUGAGAAACACUACAAAGCUAUGUUGGGGUUUUCGUCCGAUUCUUCGACAUUUCCGGGCGCAACGUCUCUUCUAAUACUAGAAAAACCGCAUUCCACAACGAUUACUGCUUCACCUAAUCAGACAUCUUACUGCUUCAAUGACAGCAUCACAGUCACGUGUGUAUCAAGUGCUUAUCCUAAUGCAAAUUACAAUCUGUAUCGUAACAAUCGUCUCGUUCAAAAAGGAAGUUCCAGUGGAGUGUUCUCUGUGUCUACUGGCGUGACUGACCGAGUAUUCACGUGUGUUCCAUACAACACCGUAGGAAGUGGGCAAAAUAGAAGCUUUCAAGUAUAUGUCAAAGAACCUCCAAAGAUUCAUUGGUGUAAGAUAAAUGAAGCAACCACAACAAACAGUACGGUCGUAGAAGGAUCAAAAGUGAGUAUGAUUUGCCAAAUUUCUGGGAGUGAGCCCAUGAAUGUUACAUGGAUUCGCUUAAACGCGUUACCACCUCUGCGAUGGAAUGAACGUAACCUCACAUUCAGUGCAAUCAGCCGUGAAGAAGGAGGAUGGUACAGAAUGUAUGUGAACAAUGGGGAAGAAUGCAAAACUACAGCGAAUGCAACUUUACGUGUUAAUGUUAAUUACAAACCCUUUGGGACUAGUAUUUCCGUCUUGCCAAACCAGAGCUCAUUUUGCAUUAAGGACCUGAUAACGAUAACAUGUAAAACUGAGGCUAAACCGUCACCUAAAUACUCCUUGUAUCAAAACAACCAGUUGAUACAGAAACCAAGCAAAUCUAGAUUAUACAUCAUGUUCUUGCUCGUCAAGGGCGAAAUAGUCCUGGAUUGUGUUCCGAGUAAUGCCGUGGGAAUCGGGCAAAGACAGAGUCUUCGAAUAUUCGUUAAAGAACCCCCGUCCAUCUCUACCUGCAAGGUGAACAACUUCGACCAAACCAACGUAACAGUCAACGAAGGUACGAAAGUGAACAUCAACUGUGAAUUCUCGGGAACUCGACCACUUAAUGUGACUUGGACAAAAGAAAGUCAAGCAAAUGUGCAUUGGAAUCAAUGGAACCUCACUUUACAUUCUAUACACAGAAACGACCAUGGUAUUUACAGAGUGUCUGUCUAUAAUGGAAAAGAGUGCAAUACUGCAGUAAGCAAAACGUUUCACCUGGUAGUUAACUAUAUUAGCAAGCUUCAGGUCGUAGGCAACAACUUCAAUGUCUUCAACAAAUCAACAGCAUUAGUAAACUUUGAGAUCCUUACUGAUGCCUAUCCUGAUGUAACAUUAACUUGCCAAUCAGCGCAAUUAAAAGAAGAGUUAAUUUUCGUUCAACGAAACAAGAAGGAAUCGACAAAGACCCAAUUUAUUGUGACUGCAAACACAACUAAUAUAGACAGCAACAUACGCCUAAAAUGCACGGCUGAAAAUGAAGUUGAUUCUCGAACAACAGGAUUUUUGAUUUACAAACAAGGUGUUGCUAAAAUUGUCAGUGGCUCCAUGAAAUUAGUGGACCAGGACUGGAUCUCAGAUCUCAGCAACGUCAAUAGCGAAGCUCACAAGAAAUUAAGAGGAAAGUGCAUGAAAAUGCUGUAUGACGUCUACAACGAUAUUCCAUACGUCCAAAAGUGGAAUGUGCUACGAUUCACUCCUGGGAGUGUGGUACUGUACUUCCAAUUGCAUGUCAUUGCCGAGGUGUCAGAUCCUCUUUUACCACUAAGAAUUGCUGUUGACAGAAAUGGGGGUUUUGUUAAUAACCUGCAGAUUGAUCCAACGAGUAUACAAAAAACAGAUGGCACAGAUGUUCAAGGUUACAAACAAAGUCAGACUACAAUCUCAACAGAGGGCAUCAUAGCAGCUCUUACAGUAGUUAUUGCUCUCUCUGUUAUGAUCAAUAUAAUAUUAUUCGUUCUGCUGUUUCGCGCCAAAGCUGCAAGUAAAACGAAGAACAGACACGAUUAUGAUGAUCCUAACCUGGUUAGUAAUGAUAACGAUAAUCAUCAUCAGGAUGAAAUUCCUUUGCAAAGAAGACCUCUACCUGCUGCUCCUAACGAUAACGAUGACCAUCACCAGGAUACUGGAAUUGCUUUGGAAGACUCUGACGACUACCAUAAAAUUGAUGAUAUACAGGAGAUAUCUCAUAGUCAACCACAAACCAACAUAGAAAGAAGUAAUCCAAUCCUCAAUCAAUCCCUACCAGAAAUAAACGAGAAUCAAGAUCAAACACAAAAUAUUUCUUCGACAUCAACAGACGAAACGAAUAACCAAGCUGACGAUAAGAUACAACCCCAGAGAACUAAUUGUGAGGUUCCAAAGCCUUCAAUCGAAAAAGAAGAUGAACGACGGAGUGAAGAAGACGCCGCAAACGAACCACUUAAGCCUCCAGUUCCCAAAGUGGGCGCUAAGAGUUCUAAGGAAUACAGUCUAUUGGAUCCAUCAACUAAGCUACCGCCCAAGGACAAUCGACCUGGUUUGGAGCAAACUCAUGCAAUUCAGAUAUCUUACUUCGACAAUUUUAAACACAAAUACCAAAAUCAAGAAACAACUGGUGAGACUCUAGGGCCUGUAUUGGGCAACAAAACUGAACAACUGAAUGAUAGUUCUAAGGGUUACAAUCGAUUGAUUCGACCAACGACACUAACACCCAAGGACAGUCGACCCGUGUCGGAGCAUCCUUAUGAAAUUCAGCCAAUACCUUCUGUCGACAAAAACCAAAAAAGGACCCAAAGUCCUUGCAAUUCUCAGGAUAACAAAGGCUUUGCCGUUGAUGAAAGACAACCCCAGAAAACUUGUGGAGAUCUAAAGUCUACAGUAGACAACAAAACUGAUCAUGAACCACAGAAUGAGAGUUUUGAAGAAUUGCAAUCCUUUGGGUCGAUCAACGAGACUACCGCUUAGGGAGAGUGUACCCACUUCGGGGAAAAUUUAUGAAAUUCCUUCGACACCCACACAAAUACCAAAACUAAGUGCAACCCAAAGUCCUUGUAUGUAGUUCUCAAGUCGUUGAGACCAUCGAGACAUUGACACACAUCUACAUUCCCCACUGACUGCCGGCAUGAAAUUAGCCAUUUUGUAAACAGGCAAGGGACUGGGUUCUAGUUUAAAAGCCUGAAUUAGAGUACAUUUUGCCUGGCAGAGAAACUGGCCGAUUGCUUUGAUUCCGGCGCGCUAUGCGUGGGAGUUGACUAGGAUUCUUUAAUAUGCUCUUUAGAGUCAUUAUAUAUUUUUUGGUUUUGUAUUAGUGUUAAAAAUGUCACGCUAGACAUGCAAACUCCCCAUUCAACGUUGAAUGCAUGUGCUCGCUUCUUACCGAUCCUGCUUUGAACUUCAUUGAUUAGGAAAGGCCCUAGGUGUUUUUAUAUAACAUUCUCACGCUUCAUCAAGCAUUCAGAACACGGAGGACAAUGACAUAAAAAAGUUGACACACAAGAAAAGCUUCGAAAAAAAUACUCGUACGCUGUGAAGGAAAUAUUCCCACGCACUGAAUCGCAAAUUUUUUAAAGCUUGAGUGUCGAAAUAUAUAUAUAUUAAUGCAGUCAGUGAAGCAGUUCAUUUAAGUGGACCGGUAGCCAGUUGUGUAAGGAUCAAAAAACAAGAAAAGCAAGCAAAAAUUAGCCGUUUAGUGAGUGACAUACAAGGCAAUGGAAAACCUAAGAGCUAAAGUAAGUUAUAAUGGAAAAUUUCCUUCGCAAUCGUAUAUUGAAGGCCUAGAAAUAAAGCACUGUGGAAUACAGGACAGAUUGUACUCGAUCAAUUUAAACAUGUCCAGUACGUGAACCAACUGUUUGAUUUCUUUUUAACUUGGAAGGAUUUUAGGAGGACUACUUUUUUGGCUUCAUUAAAUAUCUUCAUUAUCAUAUAAACUACAUAAUUGGAA